UCCCACCAAACGAGGGCUCUCACGUUUGUUAAAGAAAAUCCUGUGGUGCUCCUCGACCAAACCAUUGGUGGAAAUUAUGAGUGGCAGAAUCGUCGUCGAUCUUAGGGCAUGCAUGGUUUUCAGUUCGAAGGCUAGGUCUUGGUAUUUAUUGAGCUUCUCGGUGAACGCCUUAGAGAUGUUGUCGUCUGCCGGUAUUGUGACAUCCAUGAUAAUGGCGGUUUUGUCCCUCUUGUUGAACAGCACCAGGUCAGGUCUAUUAUGCGGACUGGGCUGGGUCGGUAUUUAUACGGAUCUCCCACCUCCGUUACCAAACCUGUUUUCUCUGCUAGGGCCUGAUGGUAUAUUCUCGCCAUGGCAUUGUGCCUCUCCAUAUAUUCUAGAGGCGCCAGAAUGGAACACGAUGAGGUGAUGUGCUGUAUUGACUCCGUUGCCUGUAAGCAUCUCCGACACUUAUCAGUUGGUAUGUUCCUCAUUGUAAUAUUUUUUAUAUAUGAUCUCGUUGG